AUGGAGCUGCUGGAGUCCCUGGACAAAGGGCCAGAGGAGCUGAAGAAGCAGCUGAGUGAAGCCCUGAGGAAGCUCACACUGCUGCAGGUGAACGAGACAAGGCUGACUCGACGUUACACCACCGUUCUGGAGCAGGAGCAGCAUUUCAGGAAGGAAAUUAGCCGACUGAGAGACGAGAGCACCACCAUGCAGAGCAGCGUGAUGCAGAGGAUGGGCUCACUGCAGAGACACAAGGACAUGGCGGUGUACCGGAUCGCAGCCUUACAGAAAGCCUUAGACGACAGCGUUCCUGCCUCAGAGCUACAGAAGGCCAACGCUCAGUUCACGGAGCUCACAGUGAAGUAUAGAGACCUGCUGCAGAGGGACGGGCGCCUGGUGCAAAGGACCAACCGGCUGGAAGACCUGCAGAAUGAGAAUGCGUCGCUCCAGGAGCAGAUCUCGGCUCUGAACAAAGAACUGGAAAUCAGCAAAGAGAAACUCAACACUUUGGAGCAGGCCUGGGACAGCAGCCACAGUGGAGGAGACGCCCUCGCUCUGGACAAAGCCGGGAAGGGGCAGCUCAACAGCGAGAUGGUGUCGGCCGCCAGACGCAUCACCACGCUGGAGAUGAAGGAGCUGAACGAGCGCCAAAGAGCUGACCACGCCCACAGGAUGUACGAACAUACAAGGAGCUCCCUUGUCCAGGUGGAGGAGAGGAACGCUGAGCUCGAGGCCAAGUUCUCCCAGCUGACCCAGAUGAACGCAGAGCUGCAGAGGGCCGAGCGUGAGCUGAGAGACGAGCUUUCCAGCUGUGUCAGUAAAGCGGUGAGCGACGCCGACCGUGAGAGAGUGAGCGAGCUGGAGAAGAGCGAGGCACAGCUGCGGGAGGAGGUGUCCAGACUGCAGGAGGUGUCUGAUGUGGCCAUGCUCCAGGCCUCAGCUCUGCAGAACAAACACCAGAGUAAAGAACGAGAGCUGGAGUCACAGAGAAGGCUGAUCUUGGACCUCCAGAGCCAGUCGGACGAGAAGUCUCUGAUUGCCAAACUGCACCAGCACGUGGUGUCCCUGCAAAUGAGCGAGGCAUCGGCUGUGGGCCGGCUGCACUCAGCGCUGUCUUCUGUGAACAAACUGGAGCUGCAGAGGCUGCGUGCGGAGCAGAAGCAGGACCAGAGCAACCGUGCGCUCUUCCACGCUCGUCAGGAGGCCAGGAGCCGCUGCCAAAGCCUCCGUCAGACCAUCCAGUCCCUCCGCCGGCAGUUCUCCGGAGCGCUGCCUCUCAAGCAGCACGAGAAGUUUGCAGAGGCCAUGGUGCAGAUGCAGGAGGAGCGAGGGAAGGCGGCGGAGGAGAGGAGGCGGGCAGAGGAGCAGCACAGGACAGCCGAGAGCCGAGCACAGGAGCUGGAGCUGAAAAUGAGAGGUCUAGAGGAGCUGGUGACCACGCUGAAGGACUCCAAGGGGGCCCAGAAGGUGAUAGAGUGGCAGAAGCGCAUGGAGGAGGCCCGUCUGCUGGAGCUGAGACGGAGCCGUGAGCUGCUGGUGCAGAAAGAAGAGACUGUUUUCCUCAAGCGCCUGGUGCAGGAGCAGGAGCGAGCCGUGCAGAGACUGGAGGAGGAGGUGGUGCAGCAGAACUCUCUCCUGGAGCAGAGGCAGCUGACCUGGGACCAGAGAGAGCUGGAGCUGGAGAAACAACUGGACCAUUACGAGAAGCACCAGGAGGAGCUGCUCCAAGAUGCACACAAGAUUGAGGACAGUGGCUUCUUACCAGACCCUUCUCAAUCUAUGGCUCACCAGCUUGAGUUUUCUCUGGACAAAAUCAGAGAAAACUUAAAAACUAUCAAAGAUCUGCAGGCCAUGUGCAAGAGCCUGGACGAGAAGGUGAAGGAGAAGGAGGCAGCUCUGUGGAGGAGCGAGCAGAGCGUGAUCUCCAGAGACAGAGUCAUCAAUGAGCUGCGUCUCAGACUUCCUGCUUCAGCCCAGCGAGAGCAGCUGCUUGCAGACCUGAGCCAGGACCCGGCCCGGACCAGAGACCCGGCAGGACUCCAACUGGCCCAGCAGACCAUCCGAGACCUGCAGAGACGACUGGACAAGAAGGAGGAGGUUGUCAAGAAGUAUCAGAGGCAACUGGGGGAGGCACGGCAGGAACAGGAGGAGCUGAUAAAGAGGCACCAGGAUGAACUCAGGGCUCUACAUGACAAACUGGACUCACAGACGGACAGCUCUUUGGACCAGUUCAAACUCAACGCACAAGAGCUGCUGAAGAAGCCCGCUCUCUCGCUUCAGAGCUCUAAACACUUGGAGCGUUUGGCUGAACUGGAGCAAACCACAGCGGAGCAGGAGCUUACUCUGUCCUCGCUUACAGAGAAGCUCCGGAUCAGAUCUGUGGAGCUGGAGAGAGCCCAGAGAGAGCUGCAGAGUGAGAGGACCAGGCAGGAGGAGUACAAGCACAGGCUGGAGGCUCAGGUCGAAGCUCUAACCAAUGAGGUGGAAGAACAAAAGGGUCACAUGAUGCAGAUGGAGUUGGACCUGGUACAAGUCCGGACUGAGCUGCAGGUCCAGAAAGAAGCCAACGCACGGUCGCCCAGCAACAGCCUGAAGAACCUGGUGGAGCGACUCAAGGGACAGCUCUCACAAAAGGAGAAGCAGCUCAAGAGUUUGAGCAAAGCUCUGCUGGCCCUCAGAGCUGAACUCACGUCUUCUGCAGAACAACAUGUGAUCUCUGCAGCCGCACAGAAAGAGGAGAGUCUGAACGUGCAGCAGCUGGUGGACCGCCACACCAAGGACCUCAGAUCUCAGGUGCAAGAUCAGAGCGAGGAGCUGCAGCUGUUGAGAGAAAGUCUGAAGUCUUCACGAAACCGAGAGUCCAGCCUGAAAGAGGAGCUGGAGCGUUUGAAGCAGGACAAUCAGAAGGUCCAGAAAACUCAGAGACGACUGGAGAAGGAGCGAGAGGAGAGAGAGAAGGAUACCAAAGAGUUAAAACAACAGUGUAAACGCCUCAGCAACGCUCUGCAGAAUCAGCCCGAGUCGGACAGUAAAAGCCAAACCAUUGAAAACCUUCAGAAGAAAGUCCGUAAGCUGGAGUUGGAUCUGGACAGAAGAGAAAGCAGACCAGUGAAGGACGAGGCGGGAAAGGGCAAAGAGGAGGUGGUCCGAUGGGAGGAGGGGAAGAAGUGGCAGACCAAACUGGAAAAAGUCAAAUCAACGUUGAGAGAAAAAGAACGAGAAAACGAGUCUCUGAGCAAACAGCUGAGCACGCUGAAAGAUCUGUACUCCAGACUGGAACAGGAGAAGGCCUCUCUGCUGAAGAAGCUGAAGUCUCGAGGUCUCACUGUGGACCAAGUGGUGGGCAUCCAAACAGAGGAGAGAGAGGCCGAGCUACUGGAGCUGAAGCAGAGGAACCGAGAACUGGAGGCGACCAUUGGCAACAUCAGACAGCAGCAGGCCAUGACCCGGGACGAGGCCGUGGACAGUCUGACACAGAGGAACCAGGUCCUGGAGGAGAGACUGCAGAUGCUGGAGCUCCAAGACACGGUGUCCAGGCCCUCGCCAAAACUCUCGUCUUCUAAAACUCCCCGCAAAAUUCGCUCGGCCACUUUUGACAUUUCAGACAACACUCAAAACAUCCACCAAAGCCUCGUCGUCAGCCCCGAAGCUGCUUCCGAUGAGGAGGAUCAUUUGGAAGUUAGCGAUCUCAACAUGCAGAUUGGAACCGUAGAAGAGGAGAAAAGCAAACACGCAGAAGAAAAAUCCCUCGAAAGCGGUGCGGAAGAUUCAAAAAACGAGACGAAAGCUGCAAGAGUUGACGAAAAUAUAGAGACUUUGAAUGAAGAGGAAAUUGGCAAUGUCGUUUUGGAAGGCCCGAAGAAAGCCGAAAAAAGCCUUGAGCGACAACACAGCGUGGAUAAAGAAGAAGAAGACAAAAUGGCCGACGUUAGUGGAGUUUUGGGUUCGGAAACCUCCCGAAAGGAAGACGAAUACACCGAGUCAAAAGACCGGGUUUGUGAAGAGCAAAGAGAAGACACAGGUGGAGUUGGGAGUCCAAAGGUGGAGGCAGGGAAGAAGAAACGUCACAGCCGCAGACGAGGUUUUAGACAUUUAAAGACUUCUGGCCGCGGCACAGUCACCCCGUCCCAACGAGACCAUGACGUCCACAAGGAAAACCUCAAACUGGCCUCUGAAAACCUGGAGCUGAGGUUUCAACUGGAGCAAAAUGGAAAAGAUGUUCCACGGCUCAAAGAGCAGGUGUCGGAUCUGAAGGCGAUGUGCAGCGCUUUGAAGAAGGACAAGACUGAGGUGGAGAAGAGGCUGGCCCACGUCCGCGGAUCUGGUUCCAGCGGUAAGACGGUGCCGGAGCUGGAGAAGACGAUCGGUUUGAUGAAGAAAGUGGUAGAGCGCGUUCAGAGGGAAAACGAAAGCUUGAAAAAGUCCUCGGGCUCCGCUCCGGGGCAUCAGGAGAAGGUCAGAGGCCUGGAGCAGCAGUGCCUCCAGCUCAAGGAGGAGGUUGAGAAGCUGAAGUCAGACAGUGAGGCUCAGCUCGCCUCUAAACUCGAAGCGAAAACCAAAGGAUUGGAGAAGAUCGUCAUGGAGAACGAGCGGCUGAGGAGAGAGAACAAGAGGGAGGCCGAAGAGGUGGAGCGGCUCAGAGCAGCACAGACCAGUUUGGAGCUGACUGUGGAGAGACUAGAGUCAGACCUGGACCAGGCCAGAACCAGACUGAGAUCUGCCCCUGAUCAUGGAACUUCAUCUGAAGGAGACCAGGCCAAGAGCAAGACCUCAGUGAUCAGCAGGAUGUUUGCGAAUAAGAUGCAGGAGCUGGAGACGCAGCUGUCGCACAAAUCCAGCGCUUUGUCCGAAGUCAAAGAGAAACUGAAAGAAUCGAAGCAGCGAGAGGAGGAGGAGCAGCGGCUCGUGAGGAGACUGGAGGAGCAGGUGGAGCUGCUGAAGAGCCUCCCCUCCGGAGCCAAGACCGACUCUGGGCUCAUGAAGGAGUUCCAGGCGCUGAGGCUGAUCAACUCUGAGCUGCAGCAAGAACUCUCUGACCUGAAACGACAGAUCACAGACGACAAGACGGAGACGGGGAAAUCCACAAAGGACGAGCUGCGGCGGCUCACGUCUCAGCUUCAGUCCUCGGAGUCGGAGCGCUCGCGGCUGCAGAAGGAGCUGCGCAGGUUCGACGAGACGUUCUUUGAGGAAUUGGAGGAUUUAAAAUACAACUACAACACGGAGCUGAAGAGGAACAUCCUGCUGGAGGAGCAGCUCAGGGGUCUGUGCGAGAGGUACGGCGAGGAGCUGCCCAACGUCUCCACCAGCUGA